UGGGCCCCAUCAUUUUACCAAAAAUUGCCUUUUCUUCUCAACCGUGGAUUAAACCAAAUCAAAGAAAAUAAAAGAUUUUUAAUUAUUGUUAUUUUAUCGUCUCUGCAAAAAAAAAAGACAAAACCUUUACAAGAACAGAAUGGUAACUCUCAUUUUUGUGACACACUAAACUGUAUCUGUUUCUUGUUCGAUGCUGGCAACAAAAAACCCUAAUUCAAUCCUUACCGUUUCACGGGGGGUCGGAAGCCCUAAUCCCUUCACGCUUUCGAUAAAUUUUCUCUGAAACCUGCAUGGAAUCAGAGAAAAUUCUACUUUCCCGAGAAAACCCUAGAAAUUUAUUAUCUUUCUCUGCCACCAAUAACAAAAGUAGCAAUAGUAGCAAGGCCAUGUCCAAUGAGUUAGCGCAAAAGCAACUGCCGUCGAUAUUGGAACGGUUUAAGGCUCUAUUGAAGCAACGGGAAGAUGAGCUUAGGGUUUCUGGCGGUCGUGGUGGUGAUGAUGAGGAGGGGGCAACGCCGAGUAGGGAGAAGAUUGUUCAGCUUUACGAGACUGUCUUAUCGGAACUGACUUUCAAUUCGAAGCCGAUAAUUACUGAUCUCACGAUCAUUGCCGGUGAACAGCGGAAGCACGGUGAAGGCAUUGCCGAUGCUAUUUGCGCACGAAUUGUUGAGUUUUAUUGCAUACAGGCUCCAGUAGAGCAGAAGCUUCCUUCUUUAUAUCUUUUAGAUAGCAUUGUAAAAAAUAUUGGCCGAGAAUAUGUUAGGCAUUUCUCUUCCCGUUUGCCAGAGGUUUUCCGUGAGGCAUACAGGCAAGUUAACCCAAACUUGCAUCCUGCUAUGCGCCAUCUCUUUGGCACGUGGUCAACAGUGUUUCCAUCUCCUGUCCUCCGUAAAAUUGAGGUGCGGUUGCAAUUUUCUCAAUCAGCUAACCAGCAAUCGCCUGGUUUAGCUUCCUUGCAGUCUUCUGAGUCGCCUGGUCCAGCACAUGGCAUACAUGUUAAUCCUAAGUACUUGCGGCAGUUGGAACAACAGUCAGGUGCAGAUACCAAUACUCAGCAUGUAAGAGGCCCGUCUGAAGGUCUAAAAUUGUAUAGUCAAAAACAUUCCAUUGGAUAUGAUGAAUUUGAUUCUGAUCAUACAGAGGUUCCAUCCUCACAUGUUGGAGUGCUAAGAUUGAGCUCAACUGGAAAUGUUGGCCGUACAUCUGCUGCAAUUGGGGCUAACAAGUCACAACUUUCUUCAGCUUCCAGAGUUUCAAGGCCUUUUUCACUGUCAAGGAUUGGAUCUGAUAGACUUCUAACAUCAGAAGUUUAUGCUCUUGCAUCAGAUGAUUCUCCUAGAAGGCUCAUUGAGGGAGCCUCUCCAUCUCGUCCUGCCUUCGAUUAUGGACGGGGAAGGGCAAUUAUCAGAGAUGAGGAGACAAGGGAGUGGCAGAGGAAGCACUUUUAUGAUGAUUACCCUAAUCGUUCUGAAAGUUCUUUGAAGGCAAACAAGCUUAGCAAUGGGCAUGAGCGUCAGACACCCAGGGCUCUAAUAGAUGCAUAUGGUAAUGAUAGAGGAAAGGGGGUUUCUGACAGCAAGCCUGUACAGGUUGAACGGCUGGAUGUAAAUGGAAUGGGGAAUAAGGUGACUCAAAGAUCAUGGCAGAAUACUGAAGUGGAAGAGUUUGAUUGGGAAGAUAUGAGCCCUACCUUAGCAGACCGUAGGAGCAAUGAUUUUUCACUGUCAUCUGUUCCAACUUUUGGAAGCAUUGGAGCAAGGCCUGCUGGCUUGGAAUCUAAUAGUAGGAGCAGUUACAAUUCUCAAACUCAGCUGCCCCUUGUUGAUGAGUCUUCAGCAAUUCCUGAAGAUGCAGUCCCUUCACUGAGUUCUGGUUGUGGAUCAAAUCAGAUUCUGCUUUCGCAUUAUCCUCAGGAGGCUUGGAAUUCGUCAUACUGUUUUUCUCAGUCAUCUCAACAUCUUCUUGCCAAAGAAAGAGGAAGGGAUUUUCGGAUACCCUUUUCAGCUAAUGGUAUAUCCUCAUUAAGUGGCGAGAAAACUGUACCUCUUAUUGACAGAUUACCUGAUGGUGGUUCACAAUUUGUUAGGCCUCCAGCUGUUGUUCCAAGAACUGGUUCUUCUAGCCUUGACUCUGUUACUGUCAGAGCUCAGCUACGCAUUAUACCAUCGACAAGUGGGUUAUGGCAUCCUGUGAAUGCUCAUAAAUCUCAGCCACUAACAGUGCACUCUAAUUAUUCAGUGCAGCAGCAUAAUAGGAGUCAAUUUGAUUCUAUUAAUCCUGUCAAUGCUGUCAUGAAUCAGGGUCAAAAUAACCAUUCAUAUAUGCCUGAGCAGUUUGACAGUUUUGAAAGCAAGGAACAAAGCUUAACAAGGGUGCCACAAUUGCCUGAUCAACGCCCUUCUUUGCAACAGCGAAACCAGUUGCAUGCAACUUCUUUGCAGACGCACUUUCUUCCUUCUCAGGAGGUUCGAGAAAGUUUCCUUUCUGCUGGAACAGCACCAUUACCACCUUGCUUACUGGCACCAUCCUUGAAUCAAGGAUACACUCCACAAAUGCAUGGUGCUGUCAUCAGUAUGGUCCCAUCUAAUCCAAUACCUGUUGCACGGCCUCCUUUAUUGAUCUCAAAUAUGCCAUCUGGCUCUUUGCAUUUACAGGGGGGAGCCUUGCCACCUCUUCCUUCUAGUCAACCUCCAGCAUCUCAAAUGAUGCCUGGCACUAACCAACCACAAAGUGGUGCAUUUUCUGGAUUGAUUAGUUCCCUCAUGGCUCAAGGUUUGAUCUCAUUGACAAAACCAACCUCCAUUCAGGAUUCUGUAGGACUUGAGUUUAAUGCAGAUCUUCUCAAGGUGCGGCAUGAGUCUGCAAUAAGUGCUUUAUAUGCUGAUCUUCCGAGACAGUGCACAACAUGUGGCCUUCGAUUCAAGUUCCAAGAGGAACACAGUGCUCAUAUGGAUUGGCAUGUGACCAGAAACCGGAUGUCUAAGAACCGUAAGCAAAAACCUUCGCGGAUGUGGUUUGUGAGUGCUAGUAUGUGGCUAAGUGGUGCAGAAGCUCUGGGAACUGAUGCAAUUCCUGGAUUUUUACCCAUUGAGAGCAUUGUAGAAAAGAAAGAUGAUGAAGAAUUGGCAGUCCCAGCUGAUGAAGAUCGGAGCAUAUGUGCAUUAUGUGGUGAGCCUUUUGAUGAUUUCUAUAGUGAUGAAACAGAGGAGUGGAUGUAUAAAGGGGCUGUCUACAUGAAUGCACCCAAUGGAUCAUUUGAAGGCAUGGAUAGAUCACAGUUAGGUCCAAUUGUGCAUGCUAAAUGCAGGUCAGAAUCUAGUGUGGUUCCUCCGGAAGAUUUUGUACAGUAUGAUGGGGGAAAUUCUGAGGACAGUAGUCAAAGAAAAAGAUUGCGGUGUUGAAUCAGGUUCUAAGCUUAUGUAACUUAGAUUUUGAGUUUCAUGUUAGUGGUAUGCUCUUACUUAGCUUUAUGUUAGUGUUGGUGGUUGCAGUAGCUUGGCGACAUGCCAGAACCUUGUACAUGUAUAGUUGAAAUUGUGCCACUCACAAUAUCUUGCAGCAAAAGGUUUACCGAUUCCCUCGCUAGCAUUCUUCUUGUUUCUAUCCUUCAAAAAUAUCCGGAGGAACAUUUUGAACUUGUUUUAAGCUUUAUUAUUGUGUUAAGAGUCACAACUAGAACCCUUAAAAUGUAAUAUGGCCCCCGAGUAUCGCUCCGUUCACCGUGUCUUUUGGAGUUUUGACCUCAUACGUAGUUCUCAAACUCGCUUUGGAAGAGUUUGUCCAAUAUAUAAUUUUUUGUAUUCAUUUUUGUUUCUCCCACUGAUAUUUUGCAGCGUCCCAGAACAUAUCAUUUGUACAAUUAAUCAAUUAUAAUUCUGUAUUAUCUAAGAUUUAUAAAAUAAAAU